AUGUCUUCGUGGGAGGACGAGGACUCCGCCGCCGCGUCGGCCGCGGCGACCACGGACGUGGAGCUGCUGAAGCGUGCUUGGCGCAACGAGAAGGCCGCGCCGGAGAUCCUCCACUUCGACUCCGCCCUCGUCUCCCGCGCCCGCGAGCAGAUCCAGCUCCUCGAGGAGACGCUCGAUGACUUCACGGAUAACGGCGUCGACGACCUGGUGGUCUCGCUCUACCAGAUGGACCUAGACCGCACGCUCUUCCUGCUCCGCUCCUACCUACGGCUCCGCCUGCAGAAGAUUGAGAAGUACAUGGCCCACAUCGCCAAUUCUGAGGACCUCUUGAGCCGGCUGUCGCAGCAGGAGCAGCGAUUCGCCAAGAGCUGCAAGGAGAUCAUGGAGAAGCAUCUCGAGCAGUCGGUGCUGUCGAAGCUUCCCUACGGUUAUGACUCGGUAACGAGGCAAUCCUUGUCGAGCACGGAGGAUGACAUGGGUAUUCCACUUGAUCUUGAAAUUAGCAUGUUUCUUUGUCAUACUUUACUACAUCAGUUGUUUAUAGCUUCAGCCAUUACAUAA